AGGGAAUUGUUAUCGUAAUUAUUGUUCUGCGAUCGUAAUGGUUAUGCAAAUACAGUCUGUCCACGUGUAAAUAAUUAUAAUUAUUCUCUCUCGGUGUGUGUGUGUUUUUGCUACCGGCGAAUAUACCGAGUUUUUUUUUUUUGUGCAAAAUCAUGUAUUUGCUGUUUUGUCUAUGUUUAAGUUUGGUAGGAACAUAUGGAUGGUCUGAUAAUAGACAACGGAAAUUUAAGGAUGAUUUUCUGUUCGGUGCAGCCACAUCAGCUUAUCAAGUGGAAGGAGCUUGGAAUCUUGAUGGCAAAACUGAGAAUGUUUGGGACAAAUAUUUCCAUCAACAUCCUGAGGUGAUUACAGAUGGUAGGAAUGGUGAUGUGGCCAGUGAUUCGUAUCACCAAUACAAAAGGGAUGUAGAGUUGCUGAGGGAGCUGGGUGUUGACUUCUACCGGUUCUCCAUAUCUUGGAACAGGGUACUUCCUACAGGUUUUUCUAACAUAAUCAAUGAAAAAGGUGUUCAGUACUAUGAUAAUUUAAUUAAUGAGCUACUUAAAUAUAAUAUUCAGCCAAUGAUUACAUUAUUCCAUUUUGAUUUACCCCAAACUUUACAAGAUUUGGGGGGUUGGGCUAACCCUUUGUCUAUAGAGUGGUUCGAACAAUAUGCCCAUGUUGUAUUCAACAAAUAUGCGAAUAAAGUCAAAUAUUGGAUCACUAUUAACCAACCAAAUGACAUAUGUAUUGAUGGUUAUGAAAAUGGCAAAUGGCCACCUGCUGUGGACUCUAAAGGCAUUGGAGCAUAUAUAUGCAUAAAGAAUGUUAUGAUAGCACAUGCAAAAGUUUAUAGAUUGUAUGAAAAGGAGUACAAAAAUAAAUAUAAAGGAUCUGUGGGGAUAGCACUAGCAGUGAACUGGUUAGAACCUUUAAACAACAAGACUGAAAAUGUUGAAAUUACUGAACAGUAUAGAGAAUUUAUGUUAGGUACGUUUAUUAAUCCGAUAUGGUCAAAAGAGGGCGACUUUCCUCGAAUUGUGAAGGACAUUAUAGCCAAAAAGAGCAAGGAACAAGGUUUUACUAGGUCUAGGUUGCCAACACUUAAUACGGAAGAAAUAAAAUUAUUGAAAGGUUCAUCAGACUUUUUGGGCAUAAACCACUACACAACUUCCCUGGUGAGUCGAUCCAAGACUCAGCACCCAUCCCCAUCGUUUAAUGACGAUGUUGGGGUGCAGCUGAGCAAGAGGUCUGAAUGGAAAAUGGCUAAAUCACCUUGGUUGGCGAGUGCUCCCUACGGCAUCUAUAAAGUGUGUAUCCACAUCAACUUGAAGUAUGACUAUCCACCAAUUAUCAUCACUGAGCACGGCUGGUCAACGGGGCCGGGCUUGCAAGACGACGAUCGCGCUAACAACCUUCGCGAGUACAUGAAGGCUAUACUGCUGGCGUUGGAAGAUGGCACUAACCUGAAGGGAUACACUGCCUGGAGCCUCAUUGAUAAUGUGGAAUGGGUGGCCGGUACCAGUGAGCGUUUCGGAUUGUACGAGGUGGAUUUUGAUUCCGAAGAGAAGACUAGAACAGCUCGUCUCUCAGCGCACGUCUAUAAGCGACUUAUCCAUACGAGGGUAGUUGAAGACAAUUGGAAGCCGAAAAGCAUGAAGAUGAAGAUUUCUGAUAGAAAAUAUAAAGAACCCAAAGUGGAUCUUUAAAUGACUGUGUAUCAACAGUUAAAAGGGUCUCUCUAAUAAGAAUCCUAGCGUCGCAGUUUCCUGUUAAUUUUUUUUUUCAUGACAAUUAUUUCAUUAAUUUCCCACUUUUAAAUACUAGCUAUAGAUUGACUGAUCGCUAGAUUGAUUUUCUUGUUUUUGCACUAACGCAUCUUUACGACACAUCAGUGCAAAAACUUAUGACGACACUUUAUGAUGACUUAGUCGCCUCGUAUGAUAGUCUGGGAAUGAAAAGUACUAGUAUACCGUAAUCAUAUGAACGUAAAUUAACAUUAAUUUUAGGUAUACAGGGUGAAAUCAAAAUCGUUAGCAGUAAACAAAAUAUACAAUGAAACAUAUAACCCCAUCUUUUUUUUAAAUCGGUUAAGACUAGGAAAGCCCCCAUGUUAAUACAUUAGAACACCAUUUUAUGAUUCAGAAAUACAAAAACGACAAAGGAAACCCAAACUAACAUUGUGUUAGUAUGAAUAUGUUCAAUUUUGUUGGUAGAACACUUACUUUAAAAAAUGCUAAUGAUUUCAAUAUAUCUUCAAGUUCAUCAGUAUAAAGAUAUACAGGCUAUCUUUAUAAUGAUGAACGAAAAAUGUAUCUAUCUACGUAUACGGUCGGCAACGCACGCGUAAUACCUCUGGUAUUGCAGGUGUUCAUAGGCUGCGGUAACCAUUUACCAUCAGGUGGGCCGUAUGCUUGUUUGCCACCUCAGUGGUAUAAAAAAAAUCAUGGAGGCUUAAUAUCAGAGAAAACGUAAUAUACACGUAGUAUAAAAAAAAAGUAAACUCGCCACUAAAUUCAUUAAUAAAAUAUAUUUAAUAAAUUAAAGACACCACGCCGACAUACACAGACCAUCAGUGUAUGUCGGCUUCAAACCCAGUGACCCGGAGGUUGUUGAAGCCGGGGUAGUGGGGUACGCCUCGAGGCCCCAACCUCGCCCGCUCACACCAUCUGGCGGGCAAAGAGACGCCUUGUUGUUAAUAAAUUAUUGAAGAAUAUUUUAAAAAAAUUUUUGAACUUUCGUAAUGACGUGCUUUCAAUAUUCACAACCCAAUGAUAUUGAACUUUCAUGACUAAUACUUAAAAAAUCUUACUUUUAUACUUUUUUGUUGUUUGUUAUAAGAAUAAUAAAUAAAAAUAUUAAUAUACA